AUGGCUGUAGGAAAUGUCUCCUCAGUGAAGGAGUUUAUCCUACUGGGCUUGACACAGAAGCCAGAGCUCCAGCUGCCUCUCUUCUUCCUCUUCCUGGGAAUCUAUGUGGUCUCUGUGAUAGGGAAUCUGGGCUUGAUCGUUCUGAUUGUUUUGAAUCCUCACCUGCACACCCCCAUGUACUACUUUCUCUUCAACCUUUCCUUUAUCGAUUUCUGCUACUCCUCUGUAAUAACUCCCAAAAUGCUGGUGGGUUUUGUGAAGCAGAACAUCAUCUCUUACUCUGAAUGCAUGACUCAGCUCUUUCUUUUCGCUUUCUUCGUUAUUGAUGAAUGCUACAUUUUGACAGCAAUGGCCUAUGACAGAUUUGCUGCCAUCUGUAGACCCCUGAUGUAUCAGGUCACUAUGUCUCAUCAGGUCUGCCAGUUGAUGAUGAUGGGUGUUUAUGUGAUGGGCUUUGUUUGUGCCAUGGCCCAUACAGGUUGUAUGCUAAGCCUGACCUUCUGUGAUGGCAACAUUAUCAAUCACUACAUGUGUGACAUACCCCCGCUCCUAAAACUCUCCUGCACAAGCACCUCCAUUAAUGAACUUGUGGUUUUCAUUGCUGUGGGUGUCAAUGUAAUAAUACCCAGCCUGACUCUCUUUGUUUCUUAUACCUUGAUCCUUUCCAACAUCCUCAGCAUCCAUUCUGCAGAAGGUAGGUCAAAAGCCUUCAGUACCUGUGGUUCCCAUGUAAUAUCUGUUUCUUUUUUCUUCGGAGCUGCAGCAUUCAUGUAUUUUAAGCCUCCUAAUGCAUCUGUGGAUGAUGAUAAAGUAUCUACCAUUUUUUAUACCAUUGUGGGCCCAAUGAUGAACCCUUUUAUCUACAGUAUAAGGAAUAAGGAUGUCCACAUCGCACUGAGAAAAACUUUGAAAAAAAUUUUUUUGCUUAAGUAG